UUUCAAACCAUCCCAAUCGAAUACCGCUCGGAUUUCAUGAAUGCAAAAAAAUGCUUUAAAAUCUCAAUCCAAUACACUCUACGUUUCAGCAGCAGGUGAGCUGGGGAGAAGCUUCUUUCGUUUUCUUCUGAUUCUCUUAAUAAUGGCUACACCAUUUCUUGCUGGUGUUGCAAUAGCUGCUGCAGCUCUUGCUGGUAAAUAUGGAAUCCAAGCUUGGCAUUCAUUCAAAACCCGGCCACCAAGGCCACGGAGAUUUUAUGAUGGUGGUUUUCAGCCAAAAAUGACAAGAAGAGAAGCUGCUUUAAUUCUUGGUAUUAGAGAGCACGCUACGGCAGAGAAAGUAAAGGAAGCUCAUAGAAAGGUAAUGGUUGCAAACCACCCUGAUGCUGGAGGUAGCCAUUAUCUUGCAUCUAAGAUCAAUGAAGCUAAAGAUGUGAUGCUUCGGAAGACGAAGGGCAGCGAAUCUGCUUUUUAAAUAGUUUGCACCGAAUCCUUGCACCGAAAUCGAAGUUUCUGAAAAAUCCCUAGCAAAAAAAAAACUUUUCCUUUUGUGGUUCUGAAUUCAGACCGGGAAGCGAGGAAAACUGUACCUCCUUUUCUUUCUUUGGAAAAAAAACUUUAUGGAGUAGUUUAAUCCCUGACUUUCUGAAUAAGUAUGCUGGAAUCCUUUGUUUGCUGUAAUUAACACAUUCAGUUAUUAAUUAGCUAAAACAAUAAUAAAUAAAAAAAAGCAUCCACUUUCCAGUUUGUGAAAAUACUCUGUUUGCAGUUAUUUGUUCAAGGGUACACUUUACAUUGAUAAUUUGAUGUUUUCGUUUAAAAUACACUACACAAGGUAGAAGAAAAGGUAUGUUGAAAAUGUUGAAAAAUUUAUAUACAAAAAAUGAAAUUGUAGAUGUAAUAUUCAUGCAAGGUGCAAGUCUCCAUUGACUUGGAGACUGAAAGUUGAAAAGGAUGGCAGUCCUUAUACCUGCUCUUGACUGCAAGUUAUAUACCUGCUCAAGAAUGGAGUUUAAUUUUUCUGGAUGCUACUUAACCAAAGUUGUGCACGAAUUUAAUCAAUGAACCUCUUCAUACAUAUUUUUCUACAAUAAGUAGGUUUAUAUGUUGUACCAAUGAGUAUCUGUUCCAACAAAUCUCGGGAUGAACGAGAAUCGAAUACAGAACCAGGGACGACAAGAGAUAAGCCUUUACCUCUUCAUACAUAUUUAAAUCUAACUAGCUAUGUCUAUAUAGGUCACAAGCAAGUCUAUUCCAGAUUUCUUAAUAAUUCAAAUUCAUCUUCUAGCUAUCCGGAUGCAGAAACAUAUAAGCUUCAUCGUUCUUAUUGCAUUACCAGGUGUUCCGUCAAGAUUAAAGAAUGGUCAAGGGAGCAUAGUUGGAGCAUACAUGAAUAGAAGCUGUGUCGAGAGUGAGAAACAAGCUUUGGUACUCCUCAAAGAAAGUCUUGUUGACGACCUGAAUUACUUGUCCUCGUGGGUUGGAGAUGAUUGUUAUGCAUGGCGUGGAGUUGGCUGCAGCAACAGAACUGGCCACAUUAUCCAACUUGAUUUUCGCAAUGGUGAUUUGAAAGGUGAUCAGAUAAAUCCUUCUUUGCUUAAAUUGAAAUAUUUGGCCUACUUGGACUUGAGUAACAACAGUUUUCAUGGAAUCCAAACUCCAGAUUUUUUUUGGGUCAUUCAAGUAUCUAACAUAUCUCAAUCUGUCUGGCUCAUCAUUAAAGGUCUGGUUCCCCAUCAUUUAGGAAACCUUUCAAGCUUACGAUACCUUGACUUGAAUAAUCAACAUAAACGUAAUUUUCAACUACACAUUGAUAGUUUGGAGUGGGUUUCCAGGCUUCUUUCGCUGGAACACUUGGAUCUCACACAUGUCAAUCUUUCGGGUGCCAUCAACUGGUUUCCAGCUAUCAACAUGCUUCCCCGUUCAGUUUUAGUACUGAAAUUGCAAAGUUGUCAGCUACCGGACAAUGUUCCUCUCCAUCUCCCUUUCAUAAAUUUGACAUCUCUGGUUUUACUUGAUCUUAGUCACAAGUCACAACAUGAUUAAUUCUUCUUUUCCUUAAUGGGUUUUUAAUAACAGUGAACUUGCAUAUCUUUAUCUUCAGUUUAACCAUUUCAAUGGCCCAGUUCCUAGUUCUAUUGGUAAUUUGACAUCUCUUCUUGAGCUUCAACUCUCCGGAAAUAAUUUUGAUGGAUCAAUUCCAGAGUCUAUUGGAAGUCUGACUUCUCUUAGUGAACUUCAUCUUAUCGCGGCAACCAACUUCAGACUCUCGUGGAUCCCUCAAUUUAUGGCGGCAACAAUCAGCUCUGUGGCCCACCUAUUUUGAAGCCCUGCCCUGGUGACACAGCACCACAAAAUGGUCACCACAACAAUGAAGGUGAUUCAGGUUCAGAUGAUGGGCGUGUGUGGUUUUACGCUGGGUUAGGACCUGGUCUUUUCGUUGGCUUUUUGGGAUUCUGCGUUUCUUUGCAUUUCUCUAAGACUUUGAGGUAUCCUUACUUUCGCAUUAUAGAUCAAGUCUUUGAGAAGGCAGUGGUUUCCAUUGCUAUAUUGUGGAGGAAAUUUCAAAUCUGACAGGUAUAUUCUUUUGGUGGAUUCAGGUUCGUCGUCAAUUGUACUGCAGUGACCUUGGAGGAAGAAUAUGUUGCAGAGUUCUGCAGAAUUCUUAGUGUUAUAGUAUUUCCAGUGGUAUUAUAUUUACUAUGUGUCAUACAUAUUUGGUACUUCUAUAUGCAUCUGUUCUGUUUGCACGUA